AUUCAUUACAAUGUCUGGUCCCUUGACGUACACCUCGCUUGAUCUAAUCCCCACCGCUGUCAACGACCUUCGCUCUGUGUACAACACUGGGUUAACAAAGUCGCUUGACUUUAGAAAGCAACAGUUGCAGCGUCUUGCCGACCUUUGCCUUGAGAACACCGAUGCGCUUAUCGAGGCACUUCACAAGGAUCUUCGUAAACAUAAGGUUGAAAGUGUUAUUGGUGAAAUCUCACCUGUUGUUGAUGAAUGUCAGUUUAUGAUCAAGAACCUCAACAAACUGGCCAAGCCUGAACAGACCAGCAAGCGUUUCCUCAUGAACGCUACUGACAAGACGUUGGUUCGCAAGGAACCCAAGGGCGUGGUUUUAAUCAUUGGUGCUUGGAAUUAUCCUGUCAAUCUCUUGUUGCUGCCUUUCGUCGGUGCCAUUGCUGCUGGUAACACGGUUUUGCUCAAGCCUUCAGAAGUAUCAGCUAACACUGCUGCAUUGAUAACCGAACUUUUGCCUAAAUAUUUGAGCCAAGAUGCUUAUCGUGUCAUCAACGGUGGUGUGAGUGAGACCACCGUCGCUCUCGAACAACGUUUCGAUCACAUAUUCUAUACUGGUAACGGUGCUGUCGGCAAGAUCGUCAUGACUGCUGCUGCAAAGCAACUUUGCUCUGUCACUCUUGAGUUGGGUGGAAAGUCACCUACUGUCAUUGCUCCUGAUGCUGAUUUGGACGUCACAGUCCAUCGUUUGGCUUGGGGUAAAUUUUACAACAAUGGCCAAACUUGCGUGGCUCCUGAUUAUGUCCUUAUUCAUAAGCCCUUGUUGAAGCCUUUCAUUGAAAAGCUUCGCGCUUUCCUUGAGAAGAGUUAUGGAAACAAGCCUCAGGCUUCCGAGUCCUAUGGACGUAUCGUCACUGACCGCCAUUUCGACCGCCUCAAGGCUAUGAUUGAUCGUAUUGAUGCUUCCAAAAUCGCCAUUGGUGGCCAAACCGACCCCUCCGAUCGUUUCAUCGCCCCUACUAUUGUCACUGAUAUCUCCAACGACGAUGCCAAUCUGAUGAUUGAAGAAAUCUUCGGUCCCAUUCUUCCCGUCCUUGUGUACGAUGAGUUGCAAGAGGCCGUCGAUAUCAUCAAUGGUCGCGACUAUCCUCUAGCUCUUUACAUCUUCUCCAAGAGCGAAAAGACCGCCAACUGGGUUUUGGACAGAACCCAAUCUGGUGGCUGCUGCGUCAAUGAUACCCUUAUGCACUUGCAGGAACUUUCACUGCCAUUCGGUGGUGUUGGUCCCAGUGGUCAAGGCAAUUACCAUGGUGAACGUUCUUUCUCUGCUUUCACUCAUGAACGUACUACCAUGUACAAGGAUGCUUCCGCUGAAAAGGUCAAUGAGGUCAAAUACCCCCCUUACAAUGAAAACAAGUACAAGGUCUUGUCCUUCAUGGUCUAUGGAUUGCCCGGCUCUGUCAGUCGUAAGGUCAAGACCUUCAUGACUGUUUGGAUGGCCCUUUGGGCUGUCUUGUUCUCCAAGAAAUCCAAGCUUUAAACAGGACAUCUGUUGGUGACAUUAUAACUGUAAUCCCCAUUCCUUAUUGUUGAUACUCUCUUUUUGCAUAUCAAAUACUGUUUAUGCUGGAUCAAAAACAAAAAUUCUUUCUCAUCAUCCUACUCAGUCUUUCUAUACCUAUCUUAACGCAUCACUAUAGGCUAAAGUUCAAACCAUUCCUUUUGCAUUAGCCCAAUAUUAUGAACUACAAUGAAAUUUUUAUUCUAGUUGUCAUGUUUUUGCUCUAGCAGCGAUCAUAUAAAUUAUCUCCAUUUGUAAUGGAAACCAUG